CCUGUGCUCCGUAGUCCCGGACCCGGCAGCGGCAGGUUCGCUGCGAUCAUCGCGGUGGGGACAGCUAACGUCUCCGGCGGCCGCCGUGGAGGCAGCGGUCGCCCAGCUGUGGGAGGCUAUGGGGGCGCGCUUUUCCUCUAGGUGCCCAGCUAACGGCGGCUCGGAGAGCCCUGCCCGGCUGCUGUAGGGAGCGGCAGGGGAGCAGACUCAUUCGCUGAAGACCCCCGGGAUCCACUCGCUGGGCUCCUGGCUUGCCGUGCGGCUCCCGGGCGUGGAAGAGGAACCGUACUCCGAAGCGGGGCGAGGAGCAUGGGGAGAGCGUCCGCCGCAGGAGGAGGCUCCGGAGGGGCGCGUCGGUGGUUCCCUUGGCUGGGGCUCUGCUUCUGGGCGGCAGGGGCUGCGGCUGCCCGAGGAACCGACAAUGGUGAAGCCCUCCCUGAAUCCAUCCCAUCAGCUCCUGGGACACUGCCUCAUUUCAUAGAGGAGCCAGACGACGCUUAUAUCAUCAAGAGUAACCCCAUUGCCCUGAGGUGCAAAGCAAGACCAGCCAUGCAGAUAUUCUUCAAAUGCAAUGGCGAGUGGGUUCAUCAAAAUGAGCAUGUCUCUGAGGAGAGUCUGGAUGAGAGUUCAGGCUUGCGGGUCCGUGAAGUGUUCAUCAAUGUCACCAGGCAGCAGGUGGAGGACUUCCAUGGCCCAGAAGACUAUUGGUGCCAGUGUGUGGCAUGGAGCCACCUGGGGACGUCCAAGAGCAGGAAGGCCUCCGUGCGCAUAGCCUAUUUACGGAAGAACUUUGAACAAGAUCCGCAGGGGAGGGAGGUUCCCAUUGAAGGCAUGAUCGUGUUGCAUUGCCGCCCGCCGGAGGGAGUCCCAGCGGCGGAGGUGGAAUGGCUGAAGAAUGAGGAGCCCAUUGACUCUGAGCAAGAUGAGAACAUUGACACCAGGGCUGACCAUAACCUGAUCAUUAGGCAGGCGCGGCUCUCGGACUCAGGGAAUUACACCUGCAUGGCAGCCAACAUUGUGGCCAAGAGAAGGAGCCUGUCAGCCACGGUGGUGGUUUAUGUGAAUGGAGGCUGGUCUUCCUGGACAGAGUGGUCAGCCUGCAAUGUUCGCUGUGGUAGAGGAUGGCAGAAACGUUCCCGGACCUGCACCAACCCAGCUCCUCUCAAUGGUGGGGCCUUUUGUGAGGGAAUGUCAGUGCAGAAAAUUACCUGCACUUCUCUUUGUCCUGUGGAUGGGAGCUGGGAAGUGUGGAGCGAAUGGUCAGUCUGCAGUCCAGAGUGUGAGCAUUUGCGGAUCCGGGAGUGCACAGCACCACCCCCAAGAAAUGGGGGCAAAUUCUGUGAAGGUCUAAGCCAGGAAUCCAGAAACUGCACAGAUGGUCUCUGCAUUCUAGAUAAAAAACCUCUUCAUGAAAUAAAACCCCAAAGAUGGAGUAGGAGAGGCAUUGAGAAUGCCAGCGACAUUGCUUUGUACUCGGGUUUGGGCGCUGCAGUCGUGGCCGUUGCAGUUCUGGUCAUUGGCAUCACCCUUUAUAGACGGAGCCAGAGUGACUAUGGCGUGGACGUCAUUGACUCUUCUGCAUUGACAGGUGGCUUCCAGACCUUCAACUUCAAAACAGUCCGUCAAGGUAACUCCCUGCUCCUGAAUUCCGCCAUGCAACCAGACUUGACAGUGAGUCGAACAUACAGUGGGCCCAUCUGUCUCCAGGAUCCUCUGGACAAGGAACUCAUGACAGAGUCCUCACUCUUUAACCCUUUGUCAGACAUCAAAGUCAAAGUUCAGAGCUCAUUCAUGGUUUCCCUGGGAGUGUCCGAGAGAGCCGAGUACCAUGGCAAAAACCAUUCUGGGACGUUUCCCCAUGGAAACAACCGCAACUUCAGUACAGUGCAUCCCAGAAAUAAAACACCCUACAUCCAGAACCUGUCAUCGCUCCCCACAAGGACAGAGCUGAGAACAACUGGGGUCUUUGGCCAUUUAGGAGGACGCUUAGUAAUGCCAAAUACAGGGGUGAGUUUACUCAUACCACAUGGCGCCAUCCCAGAGGAGAAUUCUUGGGAGAUUUAUAUGUCCAUCAACCAAGGUGAACCCAGCCUCCAGUCAGAUGGAUCGGAGGUGCUCCUGAGUCCUGAAGUCACCUGUGGUCCCCCAGACAUGAUUGUCACCACUCCCUUUGCAUUGACCAUACCACACUGUGCAGACGUCAGUUCUGAGCACUGGAAUAUCCAUUUAAAGAAGAGGACACAACAGGGCAAAUGGGAGGAAGUGAUGUCAGUGGAGGAUGAAUCCACAUCCUGUUACUGCCUUUUGGACCCCUUUGCAUGUCAUGUGCUCCUAGACAGCUUUGGGACGUAUGCCCUCACUGGAGAACCAAUCACAGACUGUGCCGUGAAGCAACUCAAGGUGGCAGUUUUUGGCUGCAUGUCCUGUAACUCUCUGGAUUACAACUUGAGAGUCUACUGUGUGGACAAUACCCCUUGUGCAUUUCAGGAAGUGGUUUCAGAUGAAAGGCAUCAAGGUGGACAGCUACUGGAAGAACCAAAGUUGCUGCAUUUCAAAGGGAAUACCUUUAGUCUUCAGAUCUCUGUCCUCGAUAUUCCUCCAUUCCUCUGGAGAAUUAAACCAUUCACUGCAUGCCAGGAAGUCCCGUUCUCCCGCGUGUGGUGCAGUAACCGGCAGCCCCUGCACUGUGCCUUCUCUUUGGAGCGUUACACGCCCACCACCACCCAGCUGUCCUGCAAAAUCUGCAUCCGGCAGCUCAAAGGCCAUGAACAGAUCCUCCAAGUGCAGACAUCAAUCCUAGAGAGUGAAAGAGAAACCAUCACUUUCUUUGCACAAGAGGACAGUACUUUUCCUGCACAGACUGGCCCUAAAGCCUUCAAAAUCCCCUACUCCAUCAGACAGCGGAUCUGUGCUACAUUUGAUACCCCCAAUGCCAAAGGCAAGGACUGGCAGAUGUUAGCACAGAAAAACAGCAUCAACAGGAAUUUAUCUUAUUUUGCUACACAAAGUAGCCCAUCUGCUGUCAUUUUGAACCUGUGGGAAGCUCGUCAUCAACACGAUGGUGACCUUGACUCCCUGGCCUGUGCCCUUGAAGAGAUUGGGAGGACACACACGAAACUCUCGAACAUUACAGAAUCUCAGCUCGAUGAAGCCGACUUUAACUACAGCAGGCAAAAUGGACUCUAGUCCACUUCCUCUCAAGAGACAGAGUGAUGGCCAGCUUCGGGACAUUUGCUUUAAGUGGAAGAAACAGGCAGCUUUCUGCCCCAUGGCAUUUUGGAAAUUCAGCCUUCAUUCACAAUCAGUGAGAAUCCCUGGUUGAAAAACUGAAUUUUAUAUAGGUAAAAUAUGUUAAUAGGGAAAAGUAUAAGCUCUCUUAAAUAGAAGGCUGUCUCCUCUGAAUCCAUACUGGGGUUAACACUUGAUGAACUUCUCAGAUUUGGGAUGGCAAGGAUAAAAGUGAAGACAUAUCUAAAUAGAAGUUACUGUGGGAAAAGAUGAGCUACAAUAAAGCGGGGAAAGCAGAAAAUGAAAAGUGCAUGUUUGAAAACAGGUUUUUAAUGAUGUGCCCAAAAGGGCAAGCUGAUUCUGGUACCAGAUUGUCAAGAGUUUUCUACCAACUGGCAUCUGUGAUGUCGGCAAUCAUUGUAAAACUGGCUUUCAGAAGUAAGUGAAACAGGGUUGUCAACCCAUUUGUAUGACUUCAACGUCAAGGAGGUCAUUUAGAAUUUAGAAUCUGAGUACAUCACACCAGCACCAACCAAUUCCUUAUCUAUCCUAGGCACUUAAUGGAAACAAGAUCAAGAGAUAUAGACCACAAACUAGUUAUUGCAGUGUACCCCACCUUCAUUUUCUUCUAGGACAAAUCUACCCCAUUCUUUCUUCACCUUCCUUACCCAUUAUGGUAGAGGAGAAGUUUCAAGCAACAUAAUUAGACUUUUCAAUAUGGAAAUGUAUUUCUUCCAACUCAACAAAGCAGGCCAUCUCUAUUUUCAGCUAAGCCGCUCAAAUUGCAGAGUACUGUUCGCACACAGCUUAUUACAUGGAUUUUGAGACGAGAGAGAUCAAAUUAGGUCCAAGGAAACAUAUGAACUGCAGAUGCCACAGGCCUCAUAUAAGCUCUACUUCUUGUAUGCAAGCGUUGAUCCACUUCCCCAACAUUGUCGUUAUAAGAGGAUGAGAAGGUUUUACUGUACUUUUCAAUCUAGAUUCAAGAAAUUUCCUAGUCUUUUGGUAAUGUGUUAUCACCAAAUCUCUCCAGAGAGCUAUAGGUCACCCUCCUUUUGCCUCUUGGGAAAUUAGCAAAUAGUCUUUGCUCUAAAUAAUAUCUGAGUAAAUAGACCUCUACCACAAUGUCCUAGAAACCAUAUGCAUUGUUCAGGGAGCCAUCAAGUUCUGACAACUCAACCUUACCAAGUAUGCUUUCUCUAUAGCACCAUUAGCAUACUGCUUUAUAUUUUAAAUAAGAGGCAUUAAUAUUGUAGAGAAUUGAAAUCCAGACAAUUCAUGUCCCCCAUCUUAACACUUUGUCUUUUAUCCUAUGUAAUCAUUUUGACAAGAUGUCCUGGUAAACUAAAGAUGAAAAGAUCUGCUCCUGCUUAUCUUCUGGCGGAUGCUUUAAUCAACUGUCCACAAUUAGGACAACCAAAGUCAAGGACCUAGAUUAAUCACAAGGCUGAUCAGCUACUUAGAGGUUGGCCACACUGAGAUAAAAUAAAACUAGUCAGGAAAUGGGGGAGAUGGAGAGUACUUGGCAUCGGGGAUAUGAUCAGUUUUUUUUAACAACGUUUUUGUAGGUCCCAUGUUUAAAAAAAUGUUGUGAAUUAAGCAAAAAAAGACCUAAAGGUAGGAUGAAUGUAUGAUACAUGGGUAAGGCAUUGAAGAAUCCUUGAAUGAGUUGGUUAUUUUCUCUAACUAAAGUGUGGUAUAUAUGGUCCCCUGUAUGCAACAGAAGGCUUUGCUACAUGACAUUCAAAAGCAUCUUGCUUUUCUCAGGAACCAAAGGCAUGUUAUAUAGAACAAACAACUCCUCUUAGAACUGUCAAGCAUAUUUUCAGAAUACUAUAUCUAGAUCAUGAAAACAUCCUUUUGCUAGUGUGCUCAACUUGUUUAUUCCUUCUAGGGAACAAUAGAGAGAAAGCAUGAAAGUGUAAAUCAUUUCACAUUCCUGAUAUGAUUCUUGAAAGAGAAAGAAGUGGAAGUAGAUGGUCAAUCACCCAAAAUAAACUUGAGAUUAACUGGCACGGCUGGGAUGAAGAAAUAAUCUGCAUUAAUUGUUAAAUAAUAACUAGUAGAAAACACAUUAUAGAGAUUUUGUUAGUAAAAUUCUCUUGCAGGAUUUUUUGUUUUAAACCAUCCUACCCUUUUUUCCUCUUCCCUUCUAAUUGGCCUUAUAAUUGUUUCAUCUAUUCUGUGACUCCACACAGAUCUUUUUUAGAUUUUUGAUAUAUUUUUUAUAUUUUAAAACAGAUGAAAAAUUGUAAUGUUUUCCCUAGAAUCUAUCUAGGCUGUUUUUAAGAUAAGAGGUUAUUAUCGAUCCCUGAAUGUCUGGAAUUUCCUCCAUGGAUUUUUUUUUUUUUUUUUUUUUUUUUGGUUUGGGUUUUAUAAAUACAUUUGAUCAUCACAUUCAGUUUUUGUAGGAAUGCAAAGGAAGCAAAUUAACAUGAUUCACCUCUGAUUUCAGCCCAAGGCUCAAGUCCAUCUUUCAGUCCCUUUUGCUCCUCUUUACAGUUCUCUAUUAUUUAAUUCUGCUAGGAUCCUUCAUAGUAUUUCUACAAAAAUGUAUGAAAUGAUGUGGCCAUUGCAUGUUAGAAUUGUGCAGUAUUUUACAAUAGAUUUCCAAAAAGAACCCAUGUUUGUGAGAUUUAUAGACCGGUGGGUUGGUGGGGGUGUGUGUAUAUGGUGCAAGGGGAACAGGAAAUUGCAGAUCAGAUAGACUUAUAUGACACUUAAACCUGUGGUUACUCACUGUGACCUAAACCCUUGUUCUAUUUUAAUAUUUGCCUGCACAAUACAAAUGUCCCUCUUGAAAGAGAUUUACUCGUCAGUCCAAGUACUUAUUUUAGAAGUCUUAUUGACCUAAAGCAAAAUGAACCAAGAAAUUAAAAAUGGCCUUACUACUUGGUAGGUUACUUAAAAUUUUUACAAAACAUCCCACUUAAUGCCAAGUCGUUAAGUCCUCAAAGCCAUUUAAGUCUAAUAGUCAUGCUUUAAACAUGACUUAAAAUCAUGCCACCAAAAUGGCGCACUUCACAGCUUCAUCAGACUGCAGCAUCAUAAAAAUAAUCUACAGUUUUUAUAACAUUGCUUGCACAAUCUUACCACUUUAUAUUAAAAUCCUUUAAGCCAAAAGGAAGCUCACUCUAUGGAUUUAAAUGCAAACUUCAUUUACCGGUACAGAAAGUCUCAUAAAACUCAAAUAUACUCCCACAAAAAUUUUAUUGGCCUUUUUGUAAGAGAUGAAUAGGAAUUGAUACGGUUCUCUUUAAAGAAGAGAACAUUUCUCUUUUUUUAUUUUUAUUAUUUUUAUCUCCAACUGCAAGAAUUAUGCUUUGCCAUAUUCCCUAUAGUUUUCUUUCAGUUAAGGAAAGGGAUAUUAAGUCAAAUGACUAAAUAUUAUUUUUGGAUUAAAAGUUUUGGAUUUAUUACAACUAUCUCAACAUCAGGAUUGAUACGCUAAGAUGGAAUAUUAAAAUGGUAUAAAUGAUUUUAGAGAGUAUUCUACACUUGCCAAACUUCUGGCAAAUUUACCUGUGAAUUUCAAAAUGUCAGAAAUUCUUUUGAUGUGCUUUUGUCUUUCCUUUUCACCAUUUUUCUCUUCAAUUUCUUAGUCCCUCUGUAAAGGUGUUGAAUAAUAUGUGAAAGCUACCAAAUGUGUUGAAGAUAAAGUUCUCUCAGAGGUCUUUGUUCCAGAUAUGUGAAGGUCACAGGAACCAGGACGGAGCUGAGAAAUGUGCUUCUCUGGCCCACUCUGUGGCCCAUUUUCAUUAAUUUUCCUCAUGAAACAUUACAAAGUUCUGAAUCCCUAGUAACUCCCAUUGACUGGACCAGAGGUGACAUCCACAGCAAGUGGGAGAGCAAAAUGUUGUCCUACAGAUAGUGACAAAAUUUUAUUAGCCUUUUGAUGUUAGUUGCCAUAAUGCUGUAUUUGAAAUUGAUGCUUUAGCCAAAAGCUGAAUGACCACCGUUUCCGCAGUUUCCACUGUUUUGUCUGCAUAGAAUUUUUCUGAACUACAAACAAAAAUGUAUUUUGUCAAAUGUCACAAAGUGAGAAAUGUUACUAAUCUUAGAUGUGUUGCAUAUUUUGUGUUUUUACUUUCCAAACUCUUUCAAAAGCUGCAGUUAUAAAGCUGUUUGGCUGUAUUGACAGCAUGUGGUGUUUUUUGCAAAAGCAAUUCUAGGAGAGCCAGUGUCUCCCACGGACUUCUCACAUCCCUACUCCAGGGUCGUCCACAAAAAUCAAAAUGGUAAUUUGUAUGUUAUAUUUUUUUCAAAAGAUAAAAGGGGAUGGAAAUCAGACCUGGCUGUUAGUCACUAGUGUGUAGUACUGUGAUCUGAAGUAGGAAAUUUAACUCACAUAGAAUAAUUGUGGUUUUUGAAGCAGCUACUUUGCUUUUUCCUUUUGCUAUGAAGAUCAUGGAUUUGGAAUGUCCUCAUGAGGUGGGCCUAAGACAGUAACGUUCAACUUCAUGUCUUAGAACCCACCCUCCAUCUGAACCCAAAGAUUAAAAAAGGCAGUAAGCUUCGUGUUUAGGCCUAAGCUUAAAAAUGUGCUCCCCGACCACUAAUAUUGAGUUUGGCAAGGGGUACAUCUUUUUCCCCAAAAAGUUAUAGCCUUAAAUUAUAAAAUAUAUCACUAAAGUUGAUAAUGUAAUUCUUUGCAUGAAUGGAAACGUAUGUUUAAUAUUUUUACAAAAGGCAUGGUUACAAUGAAAAUGUCCUUUUGCCUCAAAUUUUGCUAAACCCAAAAAAGUAUUUCACUAUUUCAAGCAUUAUUUACAUACAAAUUCCAAAACUGGACAAAUUGUACAAUUCCCUUAAAAUUUGAUAUGGUAGAUUUAACAGUGGUUCUGUUGAAUCAUGUAAAGGAAAGAUGAUAUUUGAGGGAGUUUGUAAGCAGAAUAUCAUGUUUUAACCCCAUUACUGAAACACACACAUUAUAAUCAGAAAUAGAUCUAAUAAUUCUAAUGUCCCUCCAUUAGUGAACUCUGGUGAUGCUAAAGGGAGAUCACCCCUUACCAGGAGGCUCUGAUCUAAGAGUCAUCAGAGGGUAACUAAAAAAUUUCAAUCAAAAACAUUCUCUAAGGCUUGUCCUAGAUUAUGUCGGUUGCUCCCAUUCAAAACCUCUCUUUGAGAAAGUGGGAAAAAACUCAGUCUUUGAAAAUUUUCUGGUCAGGAAAACAAUGUUUUCUUUUUCUAAAUUGAAAUAAAGACUGACUAAAAUUUCCCAUUCUUCAUAAUUGUUUCUAAUUGGUACAUGCAAUCCUAUACGUGUCGACCUAGUAACAUUGCAAAUAUAAGCAAUUAGAGGGAAGCUGGCAUAUUCUUCUAACCCAAACUCAAAAAAUAUGAGUAAUUGUUCACUUCUAUUUCUGUAUGGAAGAAUUUCAAAACAUUUCAUUUUGUUCUGUUUAUUUGGGGACGGUGCAUGAGUGAGGGAGAGGGGGUGGUUCUUUCAAGUGAUUCAUAUCUCAAAUUCAUACCACCCUCAACUUUUGUUUGAUGUAUUCAAAGCCGACAACAAACAACACAAAAACUGAACACUUAAUUUGACAUGAGGCUGAAGGAGUGAGCAAGCCAGAGGAGAGAGUUUGAAUAAAGCAUGGCCUUGGCUUCAUACCACACUUUUUGUGCCUUGUAUUAUCAAUGUAAAUUCUGAAUGUUGUACAGUAAAUACUUGGAUGGACUUCUUAGAAAAGGCUGCACUGGCUUCUUUUUCAGCACAUGUACAUAUCUAUAAAUAUAUAUACAUAUAUAUUUGGUAAUGCCAAACAGCUGUGUUAUAUUGUAUUGAACAAAAUGGACGGUUUGGAUGUUUUAUGUAGAGUUUGCAAAAAAACUGGAUGGUUACAGACUUUUCAAGAUAAAUGUACAGACGUAAAUUACUGCAUAUCAGUUAUUUAUGAAUAAAGAGUCUUUUAUUGACAUUUUAGGAUACUUCAUGAGUGGCACUCUGAAAUCCCAAAGAGGGACCCCUCUACACAUCUGCCAUAUCCUAUCAGGAGCUGGAAUGCCCUUCAUAUCAAAGACAAUUUCUAAAUACUUGUUAACAUAUUGGACCUAAUUUCUCCUUCUGGUCUUAAGGAGAAACUAUGGCUACAGAAGCAAAGAUAAGAAUAUCUUCUAACAUCCCAACACACACAUACACACACAUAACUUUCUUGGGAUAUAGUUUUAUAUACUCUGAGAUAAUCUUAGCCACCACAACUGAGAUAACCGUUCACCUAAUUCCUCAAAAUGCUUGGGUUAUUUUUACAGACUGUAUAGAAAAUGUUCUGCCUCUCCAUGGGGAAAUGUUAAGAAAAUAAGUACAACGUUUCACAUUUCAAGUACAUCAUGACAGGUUGAAUCCGUUUUAAAUGGUUUUAAAUGCUG